AUGGCGAGAGUCAAGGAGGAAUCGAAUGCCACUCCAGCGAAGCCACCACCUUCUCUGAAGAAGCAAGGCUCCAGUUCCGGCCCGCAGUCAGGACAGCGCUCCAUACAUAGCUUCUUCUCGAGAGCACCUUCGAACACUACCCCAAGCUCUACCAAUGGCAUCCUAAAGGCCAGCGAUACCUCAAAAGCCGUCAAUGCCAUGGCGAAACCCGCUGUUCCCGUCAAGAAACCCGCCUUCAAGAAAACGGCCGUCAAGAACAUGACUCCUGUCCCCAGCAGUGAUGCAAUGGGCCCUUCAAGCUCGCAAGAGAACGAGAACGGAGGAAUCCCGGAAGAGGUAGAGGAUAUUGGUCUACCAUCGCCAUCGACGCCUGCUAAGAACUUUCAGCAGGUCGUCAACGGUUCCUUGGCUUUCGGAAGCAGCCCUUCUCGCAAGUCUAAACAGGCUAAGAAGGUAGUUAGCUACGCCGAGUCAGAUGACGAAGAUGACGAGGACGCUUUCGAUCCGGCUGGAAUCAAUACCCAGAAACGAAAGCUGCAUCGAAAGGCAAAGGUGGUGGAGAGUGAGGAUGACGACGAGGACGUGUUCAUCGGUGGUUUGGAUGGAGCUGCAGAUGACGAUGAUGACGAGAUGGACGAUUUUGUCGUCGAUGACGAUUCAGAUGCCCCAGCUAAGCCAUCUAAGAAACGAAAGCGUCCUACAUCAACAGCCACUUCUCGAAAGCGAUCCAAUGUUACCCCACCGGCACGCCAAUCUGCUGCCGAUGAAGACGUAGACGAAGAUGAAGACAUGGAGAUUCCCGAGACUUCAACUGCUCAACAAUGGAAAUACGACCCAGAGAACACCGAACGAUUACAGCCAAGACCAAAUAAUGCUCUCAAAACUCCUGUAUCAAACAAGAAACAGGUUAAAGAAAAAGCUUGCAAGAGCGACCCGGAAAAGCGAUACGAAUGGCUUGCCAAUCUACAAGACAUGGACCGUCAUCCAAUCGGUCAUCCUGAGUACGACCACCGAACUGUCUUUAUCCCUCCAAUGGCAUGGGCAAAGUUUACCGCAUUCGAGAAGCAAUAUUGGGAAAUCAAGCAAAAGUUUUGGGAUACUGUAGUCUUCUUCAAGAAGGGAAAAUUCUACGAGCUUUACGAGAAUGACGCUACCAUUGGCCAUCAGCUAUUUGAUCUUAAGCUCACUGAUCGAGUCAACAUGCGGAUGGUUGGGGUCCCGGAGUCAUCUCUGGAUCAUUGGGCAAACCAAUUCGUGGCCAAGGGCUUCAAGAUUGCGAGAGUGGACCAAGUCGAGUCUGCACUUGGCAAGGAGAUGCGUGAGGCAGAAGGAAAGAAAGGUGGUAAAGCCAAGGGUGGUAAGGAAGACAAGAUCAUUAAACGUGAACUGGCCUGCGUUCUGACCGGCGGAACACUGGUUGAGGGCAGUAUGCUUCAGGAUGACAUGGCAACAUUUUGCAUUGCCAUCAAGGAGGACAUCAACGAUGAUUUGUUGCCCACGUUCGGCGUUGCAUUUGUCGAUACGGCUACUGGGCAAUUCUUCCUCUCGGACUUUGUCGACGACCCGGACUUGACUAAAUUCGAGACCCUCAUCGCUCAGAUUCGACCACAGGAACUGUUACUUGAGAAGUCCAACAUUUCCACAAAGGCCAUGCGCAUCUUGAAGAACAACACCAAUCCUACAACAAUAUGGAAUCACCUGAAACCUGGGAAGGAGUUUUGGUCCGCUGAUGUCACGAGACGGGAGCUUGACUGCAGUGGAUACUUCGUUUCUGACGAGUCUGGGGGAGGGGAAGUAUGGCCAGAGAAGCUUGCAGAGGCUAAGCAGAACGAUAAUUUGAUGUCUGCCCUCGGUGCUCUUGUCCAGUAUCUGCGAACCCUCAAGCUGGAGCGCAGCCUCUUAACCCAAGGCAACUUCAAUUGGUACAAUCCAAUACAGAAGGGCACUACAUUGGUACUCGAUGGUCAGACUCUCAUCAAUCUCGAAAUUUUCGCCAACACGUUCGACGGUAGCCAGGAAGGCACGCUUUUCACGCUGAUCAACCGCUGCGUCACACCUUUCGGAAAGCGCAUGUUCAAACAAUGGGUCUGCCACCCUCUGGCUGAUUCCAAGAGGAUCAAUGAGAGAUUAGAUGCCGUCGAUAUGCUGAACAAGGAUCGCACCUUGAGUGAUCAGUUCACAACAUCAAUGACACGGAUGCCGGAUCUGGAAAGAUUCAUCUCUCGCAUCCACGCUGGAUCUUGCAGAGCCGAAGAUUUCGUCAAGGUUCUUGACGGCUUCGAGCAGAUUGAGUACACCAUGAGCCUUUUAUCAGCAUUUGGUGGUGGUGAAGGUAUCGUCGACCGUCUCAUUGCGGCCAUGCCAGAUCUCAAGGAGCCACUGAAGUGGUGGAAGACAGCUUUCGAUCAUGGGAAGGCAAGGGAGAACAAACUUCUUGUGCCUGAACGUGGAGUGGAGGAGGACUUUGAUGAAAGUCAAGACCGAAUUGAGGAGUUGGAAGGAGAAUUGGACAACCUUCUGCAACGUAAGCGCAGAGAGCUCGGUGGCAACACUUCCAAGAUUAUCUACAAGAACAUCGGCAAGGAGGUGUAUCAACUUGAAGUCCCUGCCACCAUCAAGGUUCCCAAAGAUUGGCAGAUGAUGUCGUCAGCUUCAGGCUUCAAGCGAUACUACUUCCCAGAGCUGAAAUCUCUCAUUCGACAACUUCAGGAAGCUCAAGAGACUCAUGGUCAGAUCGUCAAGCAAGUCGCCAGCAGAUUUUACGCCCGCUUUGAUCAGGACUACACUAUUUGGCUCCAAGCUGUCAAAGUCAUCGCACAGCUUGAUUGUUUGAUCAGUCUUGCUGCAGCAUCCGCAGCCCUGGGAGAGCCCAGCUGCCGACCUAACUUUGUCGAGUCUGAACGAAGUAUUGUCGAGUUUGAGGAGCUUCGUCAUCCUUGUAUGCUUCCCAACGUCACAGAUUUCAUCCCAAACGACGUCAAGCUUGGUGGUGAUGCUGCAAACAUCAACUUGUUGACAGGUGCAAACGCUGCUGGAAAGUCAACAAUCCUGAGAAUGACCUGCGUCGCCGUCAUCAUGGCUCAAAUUGGCUGCUAUGUCCCUUGCAUCUCAGCAACGCUCACACCCUGUGACCGCAUUAUGUCCCGCCUCGGCGCCAACGACAACAUCUUCGCAGCCCAAAGCACUUUCUUCGUUGAGCUCUCCGAAACCAAGAAGAUCCUCUCCGAAGCCACGCCCCGCUCCCUUGUCAUUCUAGACGAGCUCGGCCGCGGGACUUCCUCCUAUGACGGCGUCGCCGUCGCCCAAUCCGUCCUCCACCACGUCGCCACCCACAUUGGCUGCACAGGUUUCUUCGCAACGCACUACCACUCCCUGGCCACCGAGUUUGCGGGCCAUCCUGAGAUCGCGCCCAAGCGGAUGCAGAUCCAUGUCGACGAUGAUAAUCGCCAGGUCACAUUCCUGUAUAAACUUGAAGAUGGCGUUGCGGAGGGCAGUUUCGGCAUGCACUGCGCGGCUAUGUGUGGGAUUCCUUCCAAAGUGAUUGAUAGGGCGGAGGUGGCGGCUAGGGAGUGGGAGCAUACGAGUCGUCUGAAGGAGAGUCUGGAGAAGGCAAGGAGUGGGUGUUAUAUCCCCCUUGGGGUGCAGAGCGAUGUUAGUUGGAUCUUGAAGGAGGCAUUGAGUGGGGAAGGAGUGGAGGAUAGAGGGCUGAAUGUUUUGAUGAGGGCUAUUGAGAGUUUGUGA